UGCGGGGUGUUGCGGGCUGGUCACUCUGCACAGGAGGAAGAGGAGAGCGGAGCUGAAGGUCACAGCAUCAGCAUCAUUAAAGACAUUUCUGUCACAUCUCUCUCACUGAUCAUCGAUCAGCUGAUCGGAUUCAUCAGCUGCACGCGGAGCAGCGCGUCAUGAGGUGAGCCCGGAUCAGCUGCUGCAACCGGCCCGUCUGCCCGCUCCUCCACCAGCAGCCUCCAGCUCCUCCACCCGUCUCUCUCCCCGAUCCACCUGUCUGUCUCCCCGCCCGUCUCUCCGCCAUGGGGAACCGGGGCAUGGAGGAGCUCAUCCCGCUGGUGAACCGGCUCCAGGACGCCUUCGCCUCCAUCGGCCAGAACUCGAGCCUGGACCUGCCGCAGAUCGCGGUGGUGGGCGGGCAGAGCGCCGGGAAGAGCUCGGUGCUGGAGAACUUCGUGGGCAAGGACUUCCUCCCUCGUGGUUCAGGGAUCGUCACUCGGCGCCCCCUGGUGCUGCAGCUCAUCAACUGUCCAACAGAGUUCGCAGAGUUCCUACACUGCAAAGGCAAGAAGUUCAUCGACUUUGAUGAAGUCCGUCAGGAGAUCGAAGCAGAAACGGAUCGAAUCACCGGGCAGAACAAAGGGAUUAGUCCGGUCCCCAUAAACCUGAGAGUUUACUCGCCCAACGUGCUGAACCUGACUCUGGUGGAUCUUCCCGGGAUGACCAAGGUCCCGGUGGGAGACCAGCCAGCCGACAUUGAGAACCAGAUCAGGGAGAUGCUCAUGCAGUUCGUCACCAAGGACAACUGCCUCCUAUUGGCUGUUUCCCCCGCCAACUCUGACCUGGCCAACUCUGACGCUCUCAAGAUCGCCAAGGAGGUCGACCCACAAGGUCUGAGGACCAUCGGUGUGAUCACCAAACUGGAUCUGAUGGAUGAAGGAACCGAUGCCAGGGAUAUUCUGGAGAACAAACUGCUUCCACUACGCAGAGGUUACAUCGGGGUGGUGAACCGCAGUCAGAAGGACAUCGACGGCAAGAAGGACAUCACAGCUGCUCUGCAGGCUGAGAGGAAGUUCUUCCUGUCGCACCCGUCAUACCGACACCUGGCCGACCGCAUGGGCACCGCCUACCUGCAGAAAGUCCUCAACCAGCAACUGACCAACCACAUCCGCGACACGUUGCCGGGGUUACGCAGCAAACUGCAGAGCCAGCUGCUGUCCAUCGAGAAGGAGGUGGAGGAGUACAAGAACUUCAGACCGGACGACCCGGGACGCAAGACCAAGGCCCUGCUGCAGAUGGUGCAGCAGUUCGCCGUGGACUUUGAGAAGCGGAUCGAAGGGUCAGGAGAUCAGGUGGAAACCUACGAGCUGUCAGGAGGCGCAAAGAUCAACCGCGUCUUCCACGAACGCUUCCCCUUCGAGCUGGUCAAGCUGCAGAGUGAAGAGAAGGCCCUCCGUAAAGAGAUCAGCUACGCCAUCAAGAACAUCCAUGGAAUCAGGACGGGUCUCUUCACACCUGACAUGGCGUUCGAGACGAUCGUGAAGCGUCUGAUCGCUCAGAUCAAAGAGCCGUGUCAGAAGUGUGUCGACAUGGUGAUCAACGAGCUGGUGAACACUGUCAGGCAGUGUACGCAGAAGCUGGCUCAGUACCCGAUGCUCAGAGAGGAGAUGGAGAGGAUCGUCACUCAGCACAUCAGAGACCGAGAGAGUCGCACCAAAGACCAGGUGAUGCUGCUGAUCGACAUUGAGCUGGCAUACAUGAACACCAACCAUGAAGACUUCAUCGGCUUUGCAAAUGCUCAGCAGAAGAGCAGUCAGAUGAACAAGAAGAAAGCAGCAGGAAACCAGGACGAGAUAAUGGUGAUCCGUAAAGGCUGGCUGACCAUCAACAACAUCAGCAUCAUGAAGGGAGGAGCUAAAGAGUACUGGUUUGUCCUGACUGCGGAGACCCUGUCCUGGUACAAAGAUGACGAGGAGAAGGAGAAGAAGUACAUGCUGCCUGUGGACAACCUGAAACUCAAAGACAUCGAGAAAAGCUUCAUGUCCAGCAAACACAUCUUUGCCCUGUUCAACACUGAGCACAGGAAUGUGUACAAAGACUACCGGCAGCUGGAGCUGGCCAGCGAGUCUCAGGACGAGGUGGACGGCUGGAAGGCUUCUUUCCUACGAGCUGGAGUGUACCCCGAACGCACCGUGGACAAAGAGAAGGUGGAGGUGGAGGAGGCGAGCGGGGACGGGCAGAUCCACAGUCUGGACCCUCAGCUGGAGCGACAGGUGGAGAUCGUCAGGAACCUGGUGGACUCGUACCUGUCCAUCAUCCACCGCACCGUCAGAGACCUCAUCCCCAAGACCAUCAUGCACCUGAUGGUCAACAACACGAAAGAGUUCAUCCACUCUGACCUGCUGGCUCAGCUGUACUCCUGCGGAGACCAGAACAGCCUGAUGGAGGAGUCCCAGGAACAGGCUCAGCACCGUGAUGAGAUGCUCAGGAUGUACCACGCCCUGCGCGAAGGCCUCAGCAUCAUCGGUGACAUCAGCACCUCCACCAUCACCACGGUGAUGCCUCCGCCCGUUGACGACUCCUGGCUGCAGGUGACGGGGAUGCCGUCAGGACGCAGAUCUCCCAUGUCCAGCCCGACCCCCCAACGCCGGGCCCCUCCUGGACCUCCUCGUCCAGGCGGUCGCGCUGCCCCCGGCCCUCCAUCUCGUCCCGCAGUGUCACCUGACCCUGGAGCGCCCUCUGUGCCCUCCCGACCCAACAGAGCGCCCCCACCUGGAGUCCCCAGAAUCUCUAUCAGUGACCAGUGAGGAGUUCACCAAUGUCGGAGGGCUCCUGCAUCUCCAUCCCGACCCUCCAGACCCGACUGACUCCUCCCUCUUACACACACAGUGUACACUCACGCACACACACACAAUGUACACACCGACAACGCACAUCUCACAUUGAACACGAGGAUCCAGCUGGACUGUUUCAGUCGUGUUCACAAAUGUUUCACAAGGUUUUGGAACACAGACUUGCACACACACUGCAGAACCAGCUCCUACUGGUUCUAACUGAUUCUAAUAGGCCUCUACUCAUUUCACUGGGUGCAAGCUGGUGACACGUUUCAUACUGGUUUAACUGGUCCCUUCUGCUUUGAACUGGUUUUUACUCAUUCCAAAAUGUUUCCACUCAUUUACACUUGGUCCAUCAUGUUUCCAUUGGUUCCAGCUGGUUGUAAGCGGUUCUAACUGACUCCAACCAGUUAUGUUCCACGUUUUCUUUUACCUGUCACCAGGUAUUUGACCCCACAGUGGACUUCAGAUGUCUUUUUGGCAGAAGUUCUGACAGGAUCAAUUUCACUGUAGACAAGACUGAAAACAUUUAUUUUAAGAUAAGAUAAGAAAACCUUUAUUUGUCCCACAGUUGGGAAAUUGCGGAUGGAAAUUUUGUGUGUCUCUGAGCUCCCACAUUUCUAAAACCACAUAAUGCAAAUGUUAAGCCUCUGUUCAGUCAUGCCCAUUUUUGAAAUCUUUUUAUAUUUAUACUUUAUGUUUUAUUUUAUAAUUUCUUUUAAUAAUAUGUAGUAAUUAUGUGGCAUCAGAAAAUGGUUUGAGUUCCAGGCUGAGAAAGAAUUUAUCAGUUUAUCAUUAUUAACACUGUGCAUAUACAGAAAUACAAAACCACAAUAAUGAGUCUUUAAAAUAUACAUUUCACAAGCGUCAGGAAGAAGCCAACUGUUAACGACAAGCAGCAAUGAUUCUGAAUGUGUCGGAACAACCAGCAAGGACAUUAUUUCACAAUCACGUCUUGUUCAAAUCACGGGAAUAAAUCCUCACAAUGAACACAAUGGAUGAUGCAUAACAUUAUAAAUUCACUCGCUGUUCCGUCCUGACUGUUAAUCCUAAACAAUGUUCCCAUGCAUUCCCCCCCAUUUUCACUCAUUCUUCCCUGCUAUACCCUCCUCUGCUGUACCCUACUCUUCCCUACUCUGCUAUACCCUCCUCUGCUGUACCCUACUCUACUGUAUCUUACUCUACUGUACCCUCCUACUUUACCCUCCUCUGCUGUACCUUACUCUACUGUAUCUUACUCUACCCUCCUCUACUGUACACUGCUCUGCUGUACCUUACUCUACUGUAUCUUACUCUACCCUCCUCUGCUGUACCCUACUCUACCAUACUCAGCUGUACCCUCUUCCACUGUACCCUACUCUGCUGUACCCUCCUCCACUGUACCCUACUCUGCUGUACCCUACUCUACCAUACUCAGCUGUACCCUCUUCCACUGUACCCUACUCUGCUGUACCCUCCUCCACUGUACCCUACUCUGCUGUACCCUACUCUACCAUACUCCGCUGUACCCUCCUCCACUGUACCCUACUCUACCCUACUCUGCUGUACCCUCCUCCACUGUACCCUACUCUGCUUUACCCUACUCUACCAUACUCCGCUGUACCCUCCUCCACUGUACCCUACUCUACCCUAAUCUGCUGUACCCUACUCUGCUGUACCCUACUCUACCAUACUCAGCUGUACCCUCCUCCACUGUACUCUGCUCUACCAUACUCAGCUGUACCCUCCUCCACUGUACCCUACUCAGCUGUACCCUCCUCCACUGUACCCUACUCCACUGUACCCUACUCUACCCUACUCUGCUGUACCCUACUCUACCAUACUCAGCUGUACCCUCCUCCACAGUACCCUACACCCCCGUGCCUUCCUCAGCUGUACCUUACUCUACUGUAGCCUACUCUGUUGUACCCUCUUCUACUGUAUCUUACUCUGCUGUACCUUAGCUCAUCAGCUGUACCCUACUGUACUGUAGCCUCCUCAGCUGUGACCUACUCCACUGUACCCUACUCUACCCUACUCUGCUGUACCUUACUUUACUGUACCCUCCUCAGCUGUAUCCUACUCUACUGUACCCUCCUAAGCUGUACCUUACUCAGCACUACCCUACUUCACUGUACCCUCAUCAGCUGUACCCUACUCCACUCUAUCCUACUCUUACUGUGACCUACUUAGUUGUACCCUACUCUACUGUACCCUCCUAAGCUGUACCUUACUCAGCACUACCCUACUUCACUGUACCCUCAUCAGCUGUACCCUACUCCACUCUAUCCUACUCUUACUGUGACCUACUUAGUUGUACCCUACUCUACUGUACCUAACUCUACCAUAACCUUCUCUGCUGUACCCUACAAUACUGAAUCCCACUCUACUGAAACAUACUCAACUGUACCCUCCUCUAUGGUGCCCUACUCUACUGUACACUCCUUAGCUGUAUCAUACUCUACUGUAUCCUACACUACUAUACACUCCUCAGCUGUACCCUACUCUACUGAAUCCUAACUGGUUGAAACUGGUUCCAAACUGGCUAGUUGAAACAGGCUCUGGCUGGUGUCAUCGGGCUUUAAUUGGUUUUAACUGGUUCUGACUGGUUUGAAUUGGUUCUUAGUGGUUUAAAAGAAGUAGUCAGUUUCAUGUGAACUUUGACCCUGAAAUCCUCUUGUUUCUGUGGUUCUAACUGGUUCCCACAGGUUUAUCAAUUGAUGUGACCUUUGCCCUUUAACCCUCCUGCCUGUUCAUUUUUCUGUUCAUUCACUGUUUUUCUCCUCUUUUCUUUUCUCUUUCUUUGUGUUUGUUUUUUGUCGUUUUGUCCCCAGUCGUCCCAGUAAAGGUAGCCCUGCCCACGGAGAGAGCCCCCAGUCUUCUAUUGAGGGUUAACCUGAACCGAUUGUGUGUUUGUGUCUCUACUGAACUGUUCUACUGGUCUCUACUGAUGCUGUGUUACUGUGAACGUUACUAUAAAGUAAUAAUAAUAAUAAUAAUGAUGACAAUGAUUAUCAGCACAUUAAGACUAUAAAGUAAAUAUUACUGCAAUACUGCGUGUAUCGAUGUGUAAUGAAGCUGUCUGUCCAGGAGAGUGAGACAGGUCAGCUGCCUGUCUGUCUGCCUCCUCACACUGUCAAAACGACAGUGACAGAAAUAGGUGAUUAAUCACAUCAGGUUUAUAAAGUACUGUAGAAACCUCCAGAGACGCUGUCGAAGUGAAGACCUCUGGAUGUUCAGGCUUUCGUUCAGUUCCUCUUUUUUUCUGUCUUGUAUGAAGCUCAUGUUGUUUGUGCUGAAACGUUGCAACGCGAGAACUUUUCUUUACAGUGUAAAGUUUACUUAUUGUUUUAACUUAUGUAUUGAUUAAUCUAUUUAUUGAUUUAUUUAUUAUCUGCGGUUCUUGUGAAUAUGGUGUUAUCGUUAAGGAAAUGUUUCCCACCAACCACAUUUAGCAUUUCUAUAGCAGAGCUAACAUCUCGUUCUAAAUGGCUCUGACUUGGCCCAACUUGUUCUGAUUUCUAACUUUUUCUGACUCCCAUUUGGUUUUAAGAAAUUCCAGCUGGUUCUGACUGGACCAACCUGUUCCAACUCGCUUCCACCGGCUCCAUUCGGUUUUAAUUUGAUCUAAAUGGUCAGUUUCCAGGCAGGUUACAUCCGGUUCGAAAUGGUUCCAGCUAAUUCCGACUGGUUGUAACUUGUUUCAUUUGGCUUUUACUGGUUAUAAGAUGUUCAUACUGGUUCCAGCUGUUUGUAAAUGGCUCUGACAGCUUCCAGUUGGUUUCAACUGGGUUUCAAACCCAAACUGCCAACAGCAACCAUCUAAUAUUCACAAUGUGGAGGCAUCGGUAGCUUCACACUUUCUUUUUUGGGCCAUUUCCCAAUAAUUUCUGUGGUGUAUAACAUAUGUGCAUUUGACUCUAGCACACCACAUUUCCUUGCGAGUUUUUUACAAAGUCAACAUUAAUUAAUUGGGUUAAAUUGAUUCUGAAUGAAACAACUGAAUCAUGUCUUUUUCUCAGCUGAUUUAUUACCUCAGUCAAGUUUAUGGUCUCAGUCGCUAGUUUCAGGUCCCAUUUAGAGGAACAUAGACCAGAAAGCAGGUGAGGCUUUAGGUCGCUACCAUGGCGACCUGUCAAUA